AUGCUACUUAGAAGUUUUUAUUUAGUUCUCCUACUUUGUUUUGUUCAAUGUGAGAGAAUAAAAAGAGUAAUUGGAGGAAUACCUGUAAAUUAUGAUAUGUUUCCCGCUGCUGUUUAUAUAUCCCGAGAAGGCCAACAUAUUUGCGGCGGAACAAGAAUUCAAGAUAUUGUUUUAACUGCAGCUCAUUGUGUUAUAAAUUCCUUACCAGAAAAAUUACUAGUACAGCAACGAAAAUAUGAAAACGGCUCCAGUAUAAUACUACCGGUCAAACAAAUUAUUAGCCAUAAUUUCAAUAGACGAACAAAUGCAAAUGAUAUAGCCAUAUUAUAUGUCGGCGUAGAAGAUAUCAGACACAAAUCAAAAGUUGAAUUUUUUCCAUUACCAAUUAAACUUCCACUUAAAAAAUAUCGAGCCAAAGGUGCUUGCUUCGUAUCAGGCCCUGGUGUUCGUAACAUUUACGGUGAUGUUGAACCAGACGUCGGGCGAUUAUAUGCAGCCCUGAUGGAAGUUGUUCCGCCUUGGCGAUGUAGAAAUGCUUUAGGCCAAUAUUUGGCACCACCUAGAAACAGUGGCUUAUUUUGUGCAGGAACUGGUAUACAAGACACUUGUCAGGGUGAUUCUGGAUCAGCUCUGCUUUGUUUGGAUACGAAACAUGCUUCCUGGAUUUUAGCUGGUAUUGUGAGCUAUGGAAUUAAUUGUGGUGUAAAUGGUCUUCCUGGUGUAUUCACUGAUGUCUCUUAUCAUAUAAACUGGAUUAAUAGACAUACCUAUGCAUUACGUUACAAAUAUUUAUAG